CAUGGCAUCUACAUCUCGUAUUCCACCAGUAACUAUCACUCCACCGCCCUUAUUUAACUAUUCUAGUGAGGAUGAAGAUGACAAAGAAACUGGCAGAACAGCGAUAAACACUAGCGAGGGUUACAAAGAUCUUCUAACCGUUCCACAGCCCGCAUUCCUAAUGAAGCGCUUAUCCCAAUCUACCGAUGAGGAUGAAGAUGGUGAUGUAUUUCUAUUUUCUUGUUGCGAAAAAACAAAGUUAUGCACUGUAACAUUAUACUUAUGGUUAACGUUGUUGGCUAUUGGGUCAGCGAUCUCUUUAGCUGUUAUUGGUGUCCUUUUGGUUGAGCCUUGGCGAAAGGCUUCCUCAUUUAUUAAGACACAAUGUACUUCAACGGAGUACGUGUCGCAAGAUAGAAAGUGUACAUGUGGAAAGUCCUGCUCGUCAGUCUACCCCUGCUUGAUUGUUACAGUACGAUAUAAAGAUCAAGAGCUGAGAGAUCAUUUAGUAAGAAUAAAGGAAAAUGAGUCUAUUCUUAAUAAGGAGGUCAGUAUAUUGCAAAGUAAAUAA